AUCCGCCUCAUCUCAUAUACAUAUAAUAAUGAGUCAACCCUACUAUUCUCCCUCUGCAGUCAUGGCUUCCCCCAUCAACAUCCCCGGUCACCCCUCCGUCUCCCCGACUGCCCUCGGCGGCUCCUUGCACGACAGAAUUCGCCAUCGCGACUCUCUCUCCUUCGUCGGCGCAAUCCGCCAGCCAAAAGUCCUCCACCCUGUCGAAAACGAGGACCUCAAGCUUCUUAUCCUCGAAAACAUCAGCCAGGAAGCCGUCCGCGCUUUCCAGGCCCAGGGCUUCCAUGUUGACCACUCCGCAAAAGCCAUGUCCGAGGAUGAGCUCGUAGAAAAGAUUGGUCAAUAUCACGCCAUCGGCAUACGCAGCAAGACAAAGAUCACAGAGCGCGUCAUCAAAGCUGCACACAAGCUCCUUGUCAUUGGUUGCUUCUGCAUCGGCACAAACCAGGUCGAUCUUUUGACCGCAGCCAAGGCCGGCAUUCCUGUCUUCAACUCCCCCUUCUCCAACUCCCGUUCAGUCGCAGAGCUCGUCAUUUCCGAAGUCAUCGCGCUCUCGCGUCAGCUCUUCCAGCGUGCCCAUGAGAUGCGCUCGGGACUUUGGAACAAGCAAUCCAAGGGCUGCUGGGAGGUUCGAGGAAAGACCCUCGGUAUUGUCGGCUAUGGUCACAUCGGCGCCCAGCUCUCAGUCCUGGCAGAGGCUCUCGCCAUGCGCGUCAUCUUCUACGACGUUAUUCCCAUCAUGCCUCUCGGGUCGGCGCGCCAGGUCGAGACUCUCGCCGCUCUCCUCGGCGAGGCUGACUUUGUCUCACUUCACGUGCCUGAGCUCCCUGAAACUAUCAACAUGAUAUCGAAAGAGCAGCUCGAUCUGAUGAAAAAGGGCUCUUACCUCAUUAACAAUGCCCGGGGCCGCGUGGUAGACAUCCCUGCACUCAUCGAAGCCGUCCAGUCCAAGCACCUCGCUGGAGCCGCCAUCGAUGUCUACCCGAUGGAGCCGAGCGCCAACGGUGCACCCUUCGACGAUCAGAUCAACUCUUGGGCGAGCACGCUGUGUCAGCUGCCAAAUGUCAUCCUCUCACCUCAUAUUGGUGGUUCGACGGAGGAAGCCCAGAGCAUGAUCGGCGACGAAGUGUCCUCGGCGGUUUCCCGCUAUCUCAACUCCGGAACGACCAUCGGUGCCGUCAACUUCCCCGAGGUCGAUCUCCGCGCCAUCACAAGCGAGCAGGGAGACCACAUCCGUAUCUGCCAUGUCCACAACAACAAACCCGGUGUCCUGCGCCAGGUCAACGAGAUUCUCUCGCCCUACAACGUCGAAAAGCAGUACUCGGACUCCAAAGGAGAUAUUGCUUACCUCCUCGCCGAUAUCGCGGAUGUCAGCUCCAAGGACAUCAACAAGCUUCGUGAGACUAUCUCCCACACCAGUGCUAACAUCCUCACUCGUCUUCUGGCAUGAGCACGCAAGCGCUCCUUCCCACGACCUUCAUCUGUUGUAUUUUGUAACCUACCACACAUUACUUUAGAGCACCAUUCAACUGGACUGCCAUCUCCAAAAAUGUAUCGUAACACCAGCCUUGUAUUCGAUAAUAGGACGCGACGGGAAUACGCACAUUUGACUAGGGUGUAGCAUGCAGGAUCUAGGUAUACAAUGAGUUGCCGAAGAGUCCGAUCACGUCUCUUCUUCUGGAUCACCGAUCCCACUUGCCAGAAUGGCAAACUGUGUCUCCAUCUCCGGAAGACACGGUGAAUCAUAGAUCUUGCAUGUUCGGAUGUUGCCUCGACCCUUCUUGAGCUGGAGCCGCGUACAUGUUGCAUGUGCCAUGAUGUUACCACCUAUUGGCUUCUUCUCGUUGCCCGCAUAAGGCCCUGCCGAUGCGUCGGGAUUUGACAUCACUUGGUUGGUGACAACAACUGCUAUCCCAAACUCAUCCGCGAGGCGCUGAAGGGUACGCAAGAACUUGCCCAGAUGGUUCUGACGUGCAGAAAGUUCUCCACGCCCGCUGAAGUCAGUGCGGUACAGCGCCGUGCACGAGUCCACGAUGAGUAAGCAAAACCUUGAUUCCGACAUGAGUGCGCUUGCAUUCGUCAGCAGGGAUUGCUGAUGGUCCGCGUUGUAUGCACGUGCAUAUGCGACGUUGUCGAGCACUUCCUCCCCGUUCAGGCCAUACCGUUCUGCCGCAGCCAACAGACGGACAGGCCGGAAGGUGCCCUCGGUGUCGAUGUACAGGCACUUGCCCUCUCCGCCGCCCAUGCUUACAGGGAGCUGGCAGGUGACGGCGAGCGUGUGACAGAGCUGUGAUUUUCCUGUCCUGAACUCGCCGAACAUUUCUGUGAUUGCCCCAGUUUCAACACCACCUCCAAGGAGGGCAUCUAGUUGCUUCGAUCCAGUGGUUAUAUGCACGAGUUCCGAUCGUCGGGCGUGAACCUCUGUUGCGCUCUGGAAGCCGAGGGGUAUGAUCUUCUGGGCUUCUGCGAGUAUCUUGUCUGCCUUCUGAUCUGAUAUGCCCUUUAUGGCGAGCAGGUUCUUCUUCGGCGUGAAUGCGACCGACUCAACGGUGUUUAAGCCGGCGUCCGCGAGCUUCUUGAUGUCGUUUGCGUGGAUGCCUGCCUCUUCCAGCUUGGAGACAAGCAGUGGGCCGGCCAUGGAGAAAUCUUCGCCUUCUUCAUGUUGGGAGGGUUGAGACAU